AUGGGCGGCAACAAAUUACCCGAUCUCACAGGAUACGUCUGUCUGGUGACGGGUGCCAGUCGUGGGAUCGGUCGCGGCAUCGCGCUUGCACUGGGUGAGUGCGGCGCCACUGUAUACAUCACUGGACGCACACUAAAGCCAAAGACCGACGCUAAAGAGGGCGAUGUAGGUGGGAGCCUGGAGGAAACGGCUGCAGAGGUUACGUCGCGCGGUGGGGUACGUUUGUUUCCUCGCAUACCUCACAUUAUAUUCUCUCUAUUCUUGCCCUUGGACUUUUUCAACUCUGUUUCCGCAAAGAAAUAAAUCUGAGAAGCAAAGCUUAACAGCGUACUCGGGGUUUGGUUAACAAAAGCCAUUUGCUAAGUGAUGUUGUAGUGGACCCCUGGAAUAUCCCAGAUGCAGUUAAAACUCGACAAUGCUCGUCAGUGGCGCUGCCGUAAUGAGGCUUGCGCGUUGUUCUUGUGUCUUCUGCCCGGUAGUUAGUAGGCCAUGACCUCUCAGACGGUUUCAGUAGACAAUUCUCUAAAUCAGAAGAAGAUGUGAUCACUAGAACGAGACGCUUAUUGGCCUGGCAUUUCGGAUUCGCACUCGAACCCAUUAUCUGAGGUAAUCGCAGGUAAUAUUAGUGAAGGCGCAAAGACUGCAGUAUUUAUAGUGUUAUUCAGUUACCUUUUCUUCCGUUUCACUGUAAUGCGUCACAUCGUGCCGAUAGAGUGCCCUCGUGCAACUGCUUUUGUGAUUGGCCGGCCGGUUAUUGUUGAAGAUCGCCUCUUACAUUGUAUUUAUCGGUUUGACAGUUACUGAGAGCUAAUGACUACCCGCGCAACUUUGUCAACCAGUGUAUCUGCGAACGAUACCAGAGACCAAAUCUAACCGGCUUCAAAAUCUGGCGAGCUCUUCCGCACGUGAAAAACGGAUCGAAAGCCGUCAGCCGCCUUCUUACUUCACUUGAAGUUGAGAUUGCACACACACCGGAAGCGACUAUCAGGCGACCCACUGGCAUGGCAGAAAACGUCUGGAGUCCUGUACUGGAUCUAGUGCAGUUGCGGAUAGAGAAAACUGGGAGAUUAUCCUGGAAGCGGAUGGCUGAGCACGCAUUUCGGUGAGGAAGAAACACGCCAGUGCUCGGGUGGCCGCUCAUUCCACGGAACCCAUCCGCAUUUUCAAUUUUCAAGAGACUGUAAUCCCCCCAAGAGAUGAAAACCGCGUGAGUCGCGAGCAGUUCAAAUCAUGGUUUCCAGGCCCGCAUCCCAACAACAAGCGUAAUGAUCUCCCGACAUCCGAGACAUCCACUGAGCAGCGAAAUCAGUCACAUGGCGAGUGCGCGAGCGAGCAACAAACCCGAUGACAGCAAGCCAAAUUGCCGUGCAAUCAUCAUGCCAACAUUCAACACAGAUUGCGGCAAUUAAUGACUUGGCUGCGGACUGACGGGCCAUCAUAACAUCAAUUAUGACCUACAGCGGCGGUCACAAGAGGUCUUAAUUAGAAUACACAUCUGGCCCAACGGUAGCUACGUCUGCUUCUAUCAGCAAUUUUCUAACUUCGAACUGUGUCCAACGAAAAGCAAUUGCUGGCCCUCUGUUUAACUAUGAUUGUGAGCACCAUGGAUUGUCGUUGGUGGCGUUACUGUGAUCUUGUAUUGUUGAAUUAACCGGCUCUCGCCGCUUGCAUUAACGGCGCGUGUGCGCGUCACAUGGAUAGUUAUUCAGAUGCUGACGGUUUCUUGGCGAAUGCCACGAACGUUCUUGCCGUCAGCUACAUUACUUGUAGUGUGUAGCAUCUACACUAAAACCAUCAGAUUGCAUAUAUAUGUUUUCUCUUUGUCUACUCAUUUCGCCUUGUUUAUAUUUGCGGAAUGCUUCGGCACAACCCCGUGGACCAUUGGCGCUAUAUAUGGCAUAAAUUUGAUUAUUAAACGGGCCCCGCGGUAGAUUCUGUGGACCACCAGGGGUGGGAAUGCGCACCCAUGACAAAUCCUGGUGGCACGCCCAACUGCGGGCCCGUGCCACAGCAAUUUCUAUCUGAGAGGCCUUCCCCAUUUUUGUUGUACAAAAUCAUGUUCAGUGUCCGGUUGUGAACUGGGAGGUGGUGGUGCGUCCGGAUGCGGAUUUUCGCCUUGCCAGACAUUUGCGUUGUCUCCAGCCUCCUGUCUUUUUGACUCUGUCUUGACACUGGUCCCGGCCCAGGUGUGAAGAGGAGAAGGGAGUGCGGUAGAUGUGGCACAAGUCUGCCGUCAUUGUCACACAUAAGUCGCCGUCCCUGCUAUCCUCCUGCUGUGGACCACACAGUGGGCAGUGUCUGGAUGUUUUUGCGGCUAAUGCAUUCAUGUCAUUUUCAUCUCAAGUGUAAAUGGCCGCUGACUCUCUCAUACUGAUCGGUUUAGAGUCUCCGUCAACAAUAAAUUUAUUUCAGUUCUCCCCUCCCCCGCCUCCCCACAGGUGGCUAUUCCCGUGGUCGUCGACCAUUCCGAUGACAGCCAGGUGAUGGAACUUUUUUCUCGCAUUCGCCGCGAGCAGAAGGGUCGCCUCGACCUACUCGUGAACAACGCCUUCGCGGCUGCCGGCUACAUCUCCUCACACAUUGACCUGCCUUACUGGGAGCUGGAGGCAGAUGAUUCGCCCUCGAAGGCCUGGGACAUCGUGAACGGGGUUGGACUACGAAACCACUACAUCUGCGCUACUCUGGCUACACGCAUGAUGCUGGAAUAUCGCGGACAGCUGACUACCGAGGGUUCCAGUAAUGAGAAGGGGGCCAGCGGUAGUGGGAAGGAUUCUCAGGCAAGCGAAGGCAACCAGCGUCCGGGCCUCAUCAUCAACAUUUCCUCAAUUGGUGGUCUACGAUAUCUCUUCAAUGUUGCAUACGGUGUUGGUAGGUCUGCACAACGUAUUAGCUUACAAACACCCCUUUUAUGAUGGUUAUCAAUCGUGCUAAUUGCUGGAGAGAGAGGGGAAUUGUGCUCGCAGACAUUUGUCCAUGAUAAAAAUUUAUCACAAAAUUACACGAACUUUUUGUGACAGCGUGCCUGCCCUGUUCAUGCUGCACUGCAGGAAGAGAUGAGGGCGCAGAUUUUGCUUCUAAAUGGACAUGAAUUAUUUAGCUGUUAUUAAUGUUAAUGUGUGCAAAUAAGUUACUGCACGAAGGUGUGCGUUCCUAGAAAAUAAUUUUGCGAAAUUCAUUUGCCUUGCGUGUUAGGAGGAGCCGUACCAACUGGCUGGAACAAUAAACUCUGUCUCCUGGAGUGGCUAGUUAAUCGUGUUUGCAGUCAUCUUGGCAGGGUCCUGACAUCGACCCAGCUGGUUACAGGGCUGACGUUUAUUUACUGCAAAUAUUCGCCUACAUUUUUAAAAGUGGUCUUGCUUUCUGCGUUAAGAUGUAAGUCAGUUUGUCUUCAGUCCAGUGCAAAACCUGUCUCCUGUUUAAAGCAAUCAGUACCUUGUGCGGCGCUUAGAACUUGAGCGACUUCAGCCAGUUAACUGCUCCGCAUAGGCCGCAGCAAUUUUGCCGUCUAAAUCCACCGUCUGAGCUCGAUUCUGCCCAUCACUGCUCUGUAUGCGCAUCAGUACCCCGUCCCUCCAGCGGCAUCGGAAGAUAUUUUUGUUAAACUAAAUGGUUAACCUUGUUUUGCCAAGCUAGAUCUAUCUGAUAUAUAUUUCGAACUCGAUGUGACUGAAAAGUCCCGGAAGCUACUAAUGAUUAAAACGCAUCGUGGUUUGUUCCAGUCAACACUGUAGCUGGGGUUUGGGGGAAGGGUCUGAGUGAAUGAACUGAAAAACACUACCCCCCCACCAGACCCCAGCUACGGAGAAACUUUAGCUUGCCCGCAUUUUCUUUUUAAUCAUUUCGUUAACAAUAUAAAUGUAUAGGCCUGAUGAAAAGUUAUCGAAAGCUUACUUAUGUUGGCCAAAUUAUCUUUUGAAUUUCAUAAUAAUUCAGUUAUCUCAGGAUGCCGAUUUUUGGGCGAACUUCUUUUUGGCUGCAUGCCGAAACUAUAUUCUGCAAAAAAUAACUACUUACGUAGCAUGCAUUUUUCUCAUUGAUUUAUGAUGUCCUUAAAAAUUCCGUCAUAUUUUAUGGAACUCACGCGUAAACAUAUUCACUUCUCUACUCAUUCGGCAGAAAGUGGCGGCUUCUAAUUUUAUACUCAAAGGAAGGGUAUUAUUUAGUUUUCAAAAACUUUUCCGGCAACGGUAUAGAGAAGGACCCCAUUUAACUGUCAGCAGACUGUGGAUCCUGUCAUAUGGGUUUUUAUCUUGGUAUGCGUUUGCAGGCUGUCGCAAAAAUUGCACUGCCGACAACGAUUACAUCCCACAACCUCACACCUGAACUCAAAAUCCGUUAUUUUGUGAAAAUUACUUUUGCUUAUUGUUUAAAUGCUGCCCUCAUUUCCGUUGUCGUACAAUAGCGUAGGAUAAGACUAUCGGCAUCAAUCUAGGAAAUUUCUGUGUUUUCUUUCACUUUGUUAGCUCACUUUCUAGGGUGCUGCUCCACCCAUAAAACUCCCUUUACCAUAAAUCACGCAUGGCAGGAUUCACAGUCCACCGGCAGUUAAGUGGGGUCCUUCUCUAUACCGUUGCCUCUUUUCCCAAUUCCCGAAUAAUUUUGAACCCUAACGUGCCAUUGCACUUACAAUCAGGGUUUCUAAACUACAAGCCAUACAUUUUGCGUGUACGGGAAGCCUUACAUUUCUCUACGGUAUUAAGAGGAGACCAUAUGGGGUUCAUAUACUUUAGCAGUGGAGUUGAGCCGUAUUGUUAACUUUACAGGCCACAUUGGUAAAUGCAAAGACAUGACGUUUUAUGAACGGCCAUUUCACGGUAUUAGAAAUCUCGCAAUUAAAAACUUUUCUAAAACUGAAUUAUCCACUUCCUUCGAGUAUAAAAUUAACAGAAGGCAUCAUUUUCUACCGAAUGGGUAAAAAAAUGAAUAUUUUAUGCACGUUUUAUUUGAAAUAUAAUGGAAUUUUUAAGAGCAUCGAAAAUCAAUGAGAAAAAUGCAUGCUACGUAAGUAGCCAUUUUUCACAAAGUAUAGCUUCCACAUGCAGCCGAAACGAAAUUCGUUCGAAAGCCGGCAUCCUGAGGCAACUGACUUAUUGUAGAAUUCUGCUGCAGGCUGAUUACUUUUACAACCCUACUUAGUCAAUCUUUUUGAAACCACAACGCAUUUCGCUGCAGCUCGUUCCUCCCGGAAAUGCACCGCGUUCGUCAUCCCAUGAAUGAGAUGUCAUGUAACUAGUUGCGAGCAUGCCAACCAACCUUUGAAGAAAUGAAAAUGGUGUUUGGCUCUGACUUGCCGCUCACGCACUUCAAUCUCGAUCCGGAGUUUAUCGUUGCGGCUGACGCCUCCAACCACGGGAUCGGCACCGUAAUCUCACGCUGCUCUCCCGAUAACACAGAAAACGCUUAUGGUCAUGAUGUGAGAUUGCUGCCGUCCGUGGAACGCAAUAAUGGGCAAAUUUAAGAGUAGGCCCUGGCUGUUAACCUCCGCGUGAAAAGUUACACAAGGUGCUUUACAGUCAACAGCUCGCUCUUCUAGCGGGCCCCAAACCUAGCGUCGACGAAGGACAUUCCUCUGUAGUCGAGAAAUCGUCUUCAGUACUAAGUAAACAUGCUGUUGGGAUAAGAACCCGAUGUCCGAUACCAGUCGACCGCGAAGAUCCGUCAGGCAGAGGCACUCUCGCGGUCAAUCAGCUGACGAAAUAAUUAGCUCGAGGACACUGUCACCGUGUCCGUCUUCGUUGACUAUGAGGCUCGCAGGCUGUUUAUGGACUCCAUUUGUUCAUCCCCCGUCACUCGAGGAAGCCGGCAACAGGGUUCACUCUUCAGACAAGUGCUUAAAUGCCGUCGCACGCAGUGGCCUGCAAACAUUUCUUGAGAACGACAGAAUCCUCCACCAGUUACGACCGUGCCCGGUUCAACAAACGUGUCGUUAUUUUCCAGAAAUUGCAAGCAAGCAUUCUGAGACCAUUUCACACUGGACAUGGAAGAUCAAGUGCAUGAAGGCUCUCGUUUGCAAUCAUGUACACUGACCUCACCUGGACAAACAAUCGGGCCACCUGGCUCACUCAUGCGAUAGACGCCCCCCCCCCCCCAUCGAAGGCGUUUACGAAGACUUCAUUUUUAGGCGUUGCCUACCUCACAAGCCCCUUGUUCCAGAGUCCACAGUGAUUUCGCUGGACCAAUCAAUGGCCAGUACUCCCUUUUCACCGUCAACACAUACAGCAAAUUACCGGAAGUCUUUCUCGUGAAACUCAAGACAGCCGUAGCCAUAAUCAACAGUCUUCGGCGACUUGGUUGUCUUGAGAUUUUGGAGAAAGAUAACAGAGGACAAUUCACAUCAGCCGCCUCCGUCUAAUUCGGUAAGCAGGCAGGCAUUAAUCCCUUGCGUUCGUUAUCGUUUCACCUGCAGCCCAACCGUCAGGUUGAGCCUUUUCUUGACACUUCCAAGCGGGUACUCCAAAAGUCGAACUGUGAGUCAACCCCGAACCCGAGUUUUGCUAACGGUGCCUCUUCUACAGAUAUUUUGAUGCAAAGGAGACUUCGCACAUCAUUCGACGCCAUUGACCCGACGCCAUCGAUCGGCAAACAGCAGGAUGUUUUUAGUGAAACAUUUCGCCCGACCUCAAUGGGAUGGCAGUUCAACCGGUGCCACGGAGCGCAGAGACGCUCUUUUCACCCAGGUGAGGUGCUGGUAAAAGUCUGCAGGAGCAAUCACGAAAAGUUGUCUCCUGGACGGUGUCCAUUGAAAGUAUUGCAAAAUCCACGCGACUCUGGUCGGAUCAGAUAUCUGGGCACUCCACGUAAACUAGCUGAAGCACCCGGAAAUGCAUUGAAAUGCCAAAUCCAGACCCAACUCUACUACCGAAACUACUACUGGACAUAUUCGCUUAACCAAAACCAUGGCGAGAGACCACCGUUUCUGUGUUAAGACGAUUCAUUCGACCACUUAGACAAUCAUGCCGAGCACGAACCCAAGUGGCGCCUGCGUAUGUGAACCCUCGGCCCAAGUCGUGCUAUUCAAGCGUAAGGAGGGAAGUGUUAGUAGUAGCUGCCCUAACCGACUCGAUCACACGCCGUCCUGAUGAUGAGCCAUAAACCUCGCACGUGGUGAUAUGGCUCCCGCUUCCGACGGGACUGCAGAAUUACCCAACUAACCAUAUUAUUUAGAAGUCAAGCCGGCAUGCUAAACGCCCAAGGACAGUAUCUGAUUGGUCAAACCCCAGUCCGACCUUGGACAUCCCGUGUAUUCCUUAUGUACGCCGUCGGGAUACGUCAAUCCACUUCUCUAUUUCCGCACUUGUUUUCGGGUCCCGAUUUGGCGACUGGGUCAAUGAGAGUUGUUGGGUGGACGACCAUCGAGGCGUGCACCCUUGUUAGAACAUUAUUGCGACAGGGAUAAGCGUGCGCGCUACUUAGGUAAUGUCUGUCCCGCGUUUACUGCAGAAAGUGAACAAAGCUGGCAGGUCAGGACGUACAGUCCAUCGAAAUUCCGAAGUGCGUUUUCAUAUCGAAAGGAUAAAUUAAGAAGGGUUGUAAAACUAAUCAUCCUGCAGCAUAAUUCCAUAAUUAUUUAGUUACAUCAGGAUGCCGACUUUCGAGCGAAUUUCUUCCCAUCUGCAUGUAGAAACCGCACUUUGUAAAAAAUGAUUACUAAAGUAGCAUGCAUUUUUCUCGAAGAUUUCCAAUGUCCUUAAAAAUUCGACCAUACGUCAUGAAAACCAUCUGUAAAAAUACUCCUUCUGUGUUCAUUCAUUAGAAAAUUUCGUCUUCUUUCAAUUUUAUACUUAAAGGAAGGGUAUUAAUCGGUUUUCAAAAACAUUUCCAAUUCCCGAAUAAUUUUGAACUUGACCUGCCGUUUCACGUGGAUUCAGGGUUUCCAAACUACAAGCCAUACAUUUUGCGUGUACGGGAAGCCUUACAUUUCUCUACGGUAUUAAGAGGAGACCAUAUGGUGUUCAUGUACUUUAGCAGUGGAUUUGAGCCGCAUUGUUAACUUUACAGGACGCAUGGGUAAAUGCAAGCUCUCACAAUUAGAAAGUUUUUGAUAACUGAAUUAUACCCUUUCUUCAAGUAUAAAAUUGGAAGCAGACCUAAUUUUCUACGAAGGAGCAAAAGAAUGAAUAUUUUUAUGCAUAUUGUCUAUGAAAUAUAAUUAAAUAUCUAAGGGCAUCGAAAACCAUGGCGAAAAAUGCAUGCUGCUCAUGUAGUCAUUUUAUACUGACUAAAGUUUCUGCGUGCGGUCGAAAAUGAGUUCACUUGAAAGGCGGCAUCCUGAGGUUAUUGGAUUAUAAUGGCAUUAUACUUCACGAUUAUUAGUUCUACUAUCCCUUUUUAAUUAAUCCUUUCGAAAUAAAAAGGUAUUUUGGAAUUUCGGUGGGCAUUUUAUGAGUAAGCCCACCUACUGUAUAACGUAGUUGUAAGCGGUAUCUCCUGCUAAUCACUAUUGCGACCUUUCUAAGUAACUUUAUUGAAAGCCUCCUUUUUUCUCUUGGGUGCAUAUUUUGUCGUCUGUUUAAUGAUUUUAUGGUAAUUACGUCAUUGUGAGUGGUUAGUACUGUUUUUGUUUCUACACGGGCGGUGACAUGGGCUGGGCAUGAAGCCAAGCAACUGUCUGUCUUGACCCAAGUUGACCUUCUUUCCGGUGAUCCCUUCGGGAUAGUCUAAAUUACUGGGAAUGAGACAGGAUGGAUAUUCACAUGUCCAUGGGGACGAGUAACCAGGGGCUUGAGGGAGUGUGAAAUACUUAUAGCCUGUCACAGCUGCGCUCGAAGCUUAUCCUAACCUCAGCAACGGACAUCAGAAAAGGACAUAACACCUGCAAAUUCUGGAUUACUCAAUUGUGAACUUGGUUCUGGCUUAUAGCGUCAUAUGCGUACCAUAUACUAAGUCAAGAUCGCAUUGAGUGGGUCUACUUCGGUCAGGCUCUACAGAAUUUCUCAAACCAGAAUUUGCGCCACCAUUUAACUACUUGUUGUGCCACCAAGCGGACCACGAGUUAGAUGUGCUGAGCCAACAUGAGAGCCAGAUCGUAUUUGGACAGACGUUAUCGGAUUGCGCACCAUAACAAACGCCAACAUUUCGGGGUGCGGUGGCAGAUCCAGUUGCCAGCAGACGUCACUCACACUGAGACCCCUGCAGCCCCCCCCCCCACCCACUGUUGGUGAUUGGUCAAAAACUUAGUCAUUUGCUGUGUGGGCCAGAGGCCGUGGAGGGGAGUGUCAAGGCGCGGGCCCAACCAUGCCAUCCAGCUGCGCCCUUCCCCGCCUCCGAUCUUCUUGACCCCUUCUUAACACCGGGUCCAGGGGGCGAGGAGGUGAGAGCGCGAUAGGUGCUGUGCAAGUCUGCAUUCACUAUAAGGUAAUUCACGCACAAUUCCCCCUUCUUGCGUCACUUUGCUGUGGAACACGCGGUGGAUAUCGUCGGCAUCGAUGGUCAAACUAUCUUAUGUAACUACUUGUUAACGCAAUGUGUUUUUCGGAAACUGAGUUCGAUUAUUUUCCUUCUGGCUUCAGUUUUGCCAGUUAUUUCGUCAUACACGUCAUACUCCCGAUAUCUGCAGAUGAACACAGGCUACUAAUUUAUGGCAAAUAGUGGGAUGUUGGCUUCUUAGCUGACAAACGUCAGCUGUCGGACCGCCUAAAGGCUGUUCAACGGAGCUCACAAUCGAUGAUGUCGCUGACCAAUCGAUUUGAUCGUCUGUGCAAUGCGCUUAUGUUUUUUUCUUAUAUUUUUGCCAGUGGUUUUCUCCACUUGCACGACUGCUUUCAUUACUUUUUGUCUCGCAUCAUUGUUUUUGAUGACGUAUCAUUGGAGAUGCAAAUAUAACCGUCAAUUACUCAAGUAAACUGUUGUGCCAUUACGUCUUUCUUCCCUGUUUCUUUUUCAGGUAAGGCCGCGAUGGAUCGCAUGGCUGCUGAUAUGGCUCAGGAGCUUCGAGAGAAAAAUAAAAAUGUGGCGGUAAUUUCACUCUGGCCUGGUAUGGUAAAGACAGAACACAUGCUGGAGCAUGCAUCGAAACCCGAUUCUCGAUUCACGCUCUUAGAAGAAAGAGGUACCUGUCCCCUUUUCAUGCUUUCUUCAAUUUCCUUUUCUCAUCUUCUUCAUGCUUUAUACGGAGGCACUCAGACGGUCCGUUCUAAAUUAUUGUCAGGCUCAAAUCCAUCCACACUGUCGUUGUUAUCAGAAGUUACGCAUUACAUACGCAAAUCUCUCUAUUCUUUAGUUUUUAUUAGACGGUGGAGGUAGGUUGAUACAAGCGAAGAUGCGAGUUUUAGGAAACAGUUGAUAAGGAGAUGAAGCGACCGCUGGAAUAAGGAUUUGAUUUGACUGUUGUUUCGGAUUCUCACUUGAACCCGUCAUCAGAGACAGUGACAAAGACGGGUGAAUAGUGAACAGGAGUUUGCAGUAUUUAUAGGAUGCAGUCGCUAUGCUACCGCAUACCAUUGAUACUUAAUCGCUCUACCCUUCAUCAGACGUUGUCGCCCGCUGAAAUCUCAUCGCCCAUGUUGGAUUCUGGCGUGAAGAUUGCUCGGCUAUUUGGCUCACCGGCUUGCGCGUUCACCGAGUGGUCAAUUACUUUGGCCAGACCAUGCCUCCCCACGGAAUAUGGAGUGGGUAUGUCGUUGUACUUGUUGACAAACUGAGGACCCCUGAACCAUGAUUCAAGCAACUCGCGCCUCACGUGAUUAUCCCCUCUCGCGAGAAGUUCGGUCUCCGAACUUGAAUGUGAGGCCGGGUCUCGUAGAAUGGGGGGUGACGUGAGAGUUGACGUCAUUUCUCCGCACCGCUACCGCCUGUUCGGCGAUUUGCGUCCGGAGCAGUUUUCCAGUUUCUCCGACGUAGUUGCUUUGUCCGCAAAUGCACCAGAUCCGGUAAACGACUCCGGAUGUUUCUUGACGUGGCAGUGGGUCUUUUGGUCUCAUCACCUGACGCCUUGCGGUGGCCUCCGAUCUGUGUUCAACUCCAACCCCGAGUAGUGCUAGGAGGCAACUAACAGCCUCGGAGACGUUUUUGCUGUGCGGGAUCGCUCGCCAGAAUUUGGAGUCAGUACGAUUUUGUCGCUCGUCUCGUUUGCGCAUGCAUCGUUUCUGUCACUGUCUAUGAUGAUAGGUUCAAGUGAAAAUCCCAAACAUCAGGCGAAUAAAACCCUUGUUCCAGUGAUUGCUCCUUCUUCUUAUCAGUGGAGGUAUGUGUUAUAACUCGUCCCUGCUGCAAGUAUUAGCACUUUCAUCGACAAAUUGAUUAUUUCGAACAAAUAAGCCAGAAACCUCCUUUGAUCACCGAAUUUUCAGCAGCUCUGUGGGUUUUAGCUGACCAAUCCAGAACCGGGACCUAUUACAAACAGAGAUAUCGAUGGUUGACACCUUAGCCUUAUUAUCUAGCGUCAGCUUGUCAUACACUAACUGGAGGUUGUGAAAAUCCGCGGAUCGAAUUCCGACUUGUUGGACGUUAGGUCAGGUCUUCUGUCAGCGAGCAUGUGCCUUACGUCAUACCAACCGUGAUCGGAAAUAUUUUAAGUAAUGCAAAGCCCAUACUGCAAACAAAUUGGUGAACUUUAAGUCAUUUCCCCCCGGUAUCAGUUUGAAGCAGAUAUACGCAGCAUGGAGCGCAUAAUUCUUGGAAGAGAAAAGUACUCCAGUGUCCUAACCUCAACAAAAAACCCUAACAUAAAACUAAACUGCUUUCCUUAUCUUGACCCUAACCUUACCUCUGUAGUUAACUCUAAGCUUGAUCCUAGCUUACCUUGUCGUUAACUGAAAUCUAACUUUAAGUCUAAUCUUUAACUUACUCCAACCCUUACAUUAAAACAAACCUGGAUUUCGCUGGAAGUUGACUCAAAACUAUCUGGGUUGCAGGCGGUCCAUGUGGUCAUAUCCUGUUUAGACGUCCAUAUAAGUAAGUCUAACUCACUUGGUGUGCCUUCCAGAGCAGAUUUGAUUUUCCCCCUUCGACAUCGCGGAUACUAAUUAACUCAGCUUUCGCAAUGAUUGAAUGUACCCGAGUCUGAACAUAUUUAGCUAUUAUUAGGACAUUAAGUCUUUUGGAGGAAAUCGAAGGACUACCGUACGAGCUGAUUUUGAAUCUGUGAAACUUACGUCCUGUGUUUGAGAUUCACUCUUUCGAACCACUCUCAGGAAUAAGGACUUGGUUGCUUGGAUACCUUUGGUUGCGGAGUAAGUUACUUCUCACCUUUCAAUUCCUCACUUGUACGAGGCAGGUGCGAGACGUGGGCCCUGACUAACCGUCCUGGGGGAUCAAUGUGGAUUUUUGUGUCACGUCGUGUUUGCUCGACUGUUCUCACGUUGGAUGAGUGCGGUCUUUCCCUUGUCCACUUGUCAAUCUUGACAGGGAUGACUAAACAACAGAUUGUCAUGGUACGGAGGCGGACCCUGUCGAAACUGCUGACCCUACAUUCAAUUCCUCACUGUGAUACGUUGCUUUCCUCCCUUUAGGUGAAUCCCCGGAACUGACGGGUCUUGUCAUUGCACAUCUACUCGCCGAACCAAAGGACAAGUUACUUUCACGAUCCGGUCGCGUGGUUUUCGUGGCAGACACCGCACUAGAGAAGGGCAUCCGUGACAUAGACGGCAAGCAGCCCACCAGUCUACGCUCGUUGCGCUUCCUCCUGGAGUUGGCCGGCCGGAACAGUCUCUCCCGCACUGUACCAGAGUUCGUGCGCCUUCCCUAUUCCGCCUUCACUCAGAUGAAUUCCAAGUUCUGA